AGAAUCCUGGGGUGAAAGAGUUUGGUUGGGUGGAAGCUCCAGAUGGGCUCUUACAGCCCUGAUGAGCUUUAGCUGGUUAUUUUAACUGUCAAUGUGGAAAGUGUGGACCCACGCAAGCUACUGGAUCACUGGGAGAUUUUUGAAAGCUCGGGGAACAAAUUUCCUGUCUGACCCAGCGGGAGAUCAUAAAACGUCUGAAGGAUCCAUGGUGGAAUCAGAUCUGGGCUUCUAGGUGAAACCAGGAUGUCGACGCUGCCUUCAGACACCAGCCCUGAAGAUGCCAACAAUCACAGCUUCUGGAUGCCUGGGAACUAUCAGCGCACUGUGAAGCGAACAGAAGAUGCGUUCCAGGCCUGCAAUGACAUCGUGGUGUGUUUCCAAGAGAGAGCUCGGGUGGAGAGACAGUACGCCCAGCAGCUCAGUGAAUGGAGCAACAAGUGGAAGCCAGUAGUGGACUCCAGUCCUCUCUAUGGAUCCCUUAUGAAGGCCUGGCAGUGUUUCCUGUCCUCCGCUGACCGGCUAGCCUCCCUACACGCCUCCAUUUGUCGCUCUCUGGUGGCGGAGGACGGAGACAAGGUCCGGACCUGGCAGAAGGACACCUUCCACAAGAAGUUAUUCGGAGGCUUCAAGGAGUCUCAGGACACUGAUACAGGAUUUGCUCGUGCUCAGAAGCCGUGGGCCAAACGACUUAAAAAGCUGGACACCGCCAGGAGGGCGUACCACAAGGUGAGCCGUAAGGAGCAGAUAGCCAGAGAGCGAGAGACACACGCUCAGGGGAACCCGGAUGUGGCCAUUGACAAACAGAAGAAGAUCCAGGAGGAGAGAGAGUUGGCUCAGCAGGAUGCUGACAAGGUACGCGUACGCUACGAGAAAGUCCUGGAGGAGGUGAACCGCUACGCCCCCCGUUACAUGGAGGAGAUGGAAUCCGUCUUCGACCAGUCGCAGGAAGAGGAGCGGAAGAGGAUCGUCUUCCUCAAACAGGCCUUCCUCUCCAUCAACAAACAUCUGGAUAUCACCACCAAUGAGAGUGUGAGAGCCGUGUACAACGAGCUCCACAACACACUGAUGGCCAUCGACGAGCAGGAGGACCUGCGCUGGUGGAAAAACACCUACGGGCCUGGCAUGCCCACCGACUGGCCUCACUUCCAGGAAUGGACACCUGCAAAGAAAGCCAAGAAGGGGAAGAAAGAUGUAGAAAAGAAAGGAACAAAAGAAAAGAGUGUGAUGAUUGGAGGAGUGAGAGUCCGAGCUCUGUAUGAUUAUGUUGGACAGGAGACGGAUGAGCUCUCCUUUAAAGCAGGUGAGGAGUUCUUGAAGAUCGAGGAUGAGGAUGAUCAGGGCUGGUGUCGGGGGAUGAAGGACGACGGGGGGGAGGGGCUUUACCCCGCCAACUACGUGGAGGUGGUGGUGUAGCUCUCGCGUUUCGUCUGAGAAAGAAAGGUCAUGUUGGGUCACGUGGCUCUUGUCACUGUGGAAGUGGCUGCCUGGUUAAAGAACAACACGGAGCAGCUGUUAGCCGAAGAUGUGGUCUGUGACGACGGGGUGGUGGAUAGUUUAGCAUGUCGAGGUUUUUAAAGUGUAAACUCUUGAAGGAUUUUGACAAAUAUUUUAAUAUAUACAGUGUGCAUUCACCCCUUGUAUUGAAGCCAUAUGAUAAGCAAUGCUUUUAAUGUAGAAAAAGAUAAAUAUGCUGGAGUCCAAAGGUACUUUAUAUAUAUAUAUAUGUAUAUAUAUACACAUCUGGUGCUGAAACUGCAUUACAUGAGUGCUAUUUUCUUUGAUUUGUUACAUUUACCUGCACCUCAACACAUUGCUAUUAAGGGCUCACAAAGCCUCACGACAUAUGAAGAAGGUGAUGCUACUACUGUGAUUUAUAAUGAAUCCGAAGCAGCUGUAAGAGUGGAGUCACUCAGAUGUGACACCUGCGUUUCUGGGUUUUUAAAGGAACAGGCUGAAAUGUUGAGGAGGGUGGUUGUAUGUUGUUUCGCCCUAAGUCGAGUCAUUUUCAGACAUGAACUCUGGAUGACGUCCUUACAAUUGGAUCUGGACUUUCUUCAGUUUUCCUUUCACAUAUGAAAGACCCAGCUGGAGAUUGUCCAUUUUGGGGUGGGGCAGAGGCACGAUGUAACGUAUUAAUUCCACUGCAGAGAUCACGUGUUUGUUUACAUCAACACCAGCGUCGGCUCUUUCCACCAAAGCUUUCUUCACAUCUCGGUGUCCGUCUUACACGUCCUUGGCAUCACACUUUUUAAUCCUGAGAAAGACAAUUUUUUCAUAUUUAUUUGAUUGCGUCUGAGUCUCGUUAGAAACGUCAUCACGCUAACUUGAGGCGAGUCCUCCGGAGAAUCAUCUGCUGUGUUCUUACAUUGGCUCAUUAUGCAUAAUUCUUCCUCAGGGGGGCUGGCGGGAGAAACUCUGUAGAAAGUCCAGAGUCUCUGACAUUUGCAUUCUCACAUACAGCCCUCCGAGACUGUCAGAUUCUCUGUAGUUCAGAAAUAUCUGAAAGCAACUGUAGAUAAAAACGAAAUAAAAAAAAAGGAUGUCCAUUUGAUCCCAAGUACAGAGAAUAACUGCAGCCUUGUGUAACGGCAUCAGCACAUUCCAGGAGCUCUCUUUCUUAGUAUAUAGUUUGUAAUGAUCAAUAUUUUACACAUGUUAUAUUACUUUUACAAUUUCAGUGAAUACUUUUAUGUGGAAGGGGUGAAAGAGCCCGAUCCUUGUUGCAAACCCUAAGAAUUAUCACCCAACGCUGCAGCUCCUUUCAGCUCUGUGGAGCUUUAUUGGAUGAUUUGGUUUCCUGCCUUUGGGCUAUUGUUUUGGUUCGCUCCCACUGCUCUCUGGACCUCGUUUUCAUCGGCAGCAAGCAGCCGAUUUCAUCAAGAAAGCUAUAAAAAUGCCCCUGUACACUAUAUUCUCAGCAACAAAAGCCGUCUGGCAAAGUAAGAAACUACCUGGUGAACAAAAAAGGAGCAUUUAGCAGCUUGAGAGCCGAGACGUUUCCCAAGAGAGUGACGAGCAAAACAGGAUUAAAACAAAUAAAUAAACUUACCAUUAUCAGAGAUCCAGGAACAUAACUCCAAAUAAAUAAUCAUGGGGCUCCAUGUCGGUUGGAGGUGUGAACAUACGUUGGCCCCUCAGGGCAGAAAUAUAAUGUUUCAAAUUCAAAACCACAUAUAUAGAUGAACUAUGUGACAGCUCCCAGAAGGGAUGUAACUGCCUCUCAAUCACACCCUGGUGGCUGGUUGCAGUAUAGGUCGUUAAUCCUUUCUCCAUGUUAAUGGAGGAAGGACUGAAAAACAUAAAUAAAAAGGAAAGGAUUUUUAGACCAAUUACUCUAAAAGUCUGGUCACUCUUCUUUAGCAGACGCCAAACAAUUUUAUUUCUGAACAUGUCGGACUGUUCCUUUUUAAGAUGCGUAAAGGGGAACAAAUAGUUUUCCUGUCUGUGUGUAAUAUCUAAUCAUACGUUGCUUUACCAAAAAAUAAAUUCAGGGUUUGCCUUACCCCUGUCCUUAUAGCCUUCUUCUGUAUCCUUGUAUAUGCUGUGCCUGUCAUGUAUAUUCCCCAAGAAUACUUUCUUUUUUGCAAACUGUCUUGUUUUGGAAAUAAAAUUGUUCAACUGUUACACAA